AUGGAUCCGUUUGUUUAUGAUCCAGAUAGGUCUAUAUGGGACGGACCUUCAGAUGAUUCUCCAUCGGUUGUCAACAAUCAUCGACCAUUAGAUGCCGCAAUUGACCAACUUCGCCGAAGGAACAAGGCACUUGAAGAUUACAGUAUUGCAGUUGCGGGAGAAAACGCCAGUCUCAAAAAGCUUCUGUCUACCCUCGACAUUGCCUGGCCCGGCAACAAAAAUUCGAGCACGAUCGCUGCAUCAGAUUCUUCAACUAAAAGAUCGAGUCUCCAGCUACCACUCGAAGUGAAGCUUCGCAUUGUACGCUUUGCUUUGCAGUUGGCACAUCCAAUAAUUGACCCUGGUGUCAAGAUAUUGAAGUCCAACGUCACCGAGAUGGAGCAUGCUGAGCAAAAAAAGCUUCCUGUUCAAUUGUUGCGACUAUCUAAAUUCUUUUUCAAGGAGGGACAGAGAUCCUUCUUUGCGGACAACAGAUUCAUCUUCACUCAAGUCUCAUCUUUGAAGUGGUUCGUCAGCACACACCCCAAAUUCUGUGCCCAGUUGGAGCAUCUAGAGUUACGGAUUGUUGGGAAAUACUAUAACGACCAAGGUUCUAACAAAACUGUCACACUGGGCUUUGACCAGCGAGAAGAACGUUGGUACGCGGUGAAACCUAUAAAGCGUAUUCUAAGCAUCAAUCUUAGUUGGACAGGUCUACAAAGCUAUUGCUGGAAACAAAUACUUGAUUUUCUUGAAGCACUCCAACUUCCCUGGUACGGCAGGCAACAAACUAGGCCAAGGGAGCAUACAAUAGCCUUCAAAAAUUUGACUUCUAUGAUGAUUGAUCUUGUGAACUUCACAGACAAUCUUCCUGGCCCGGAAAUCGACCUGAGGGAGAUGACAAGAGAGACAUUAGGUCCAAUCAUUGAUAAUUUACACGUUAGGGGUCAGCCGUUAGAGGAAAAUGGGUCAUUGGCAUAUGAAUGCUUGGGUUAUCUUAUGAGAAAUGGCGGAAUAAGGGGUUGCAGCAUCUUACCUCACUUCAUAAGCACCGUUUCAAGUAAAUACUUGAAAACAUUUAUAUGUGAUGAGUCCUUUUUACCAGAACUCAAGUAUUACGCCAAAACAUUACCAGAAUUCAGAGAAAAAGGCUCCAUGGAGAAAUAUGUCUGGAAGAAACUCCCUGCAACAUUCGGCGAAUUAGAAGGAUCGGAAGUACGAUUCCAUAUUGCUAGUGGACUACCUGUUGAGAAUGUUGAAAAAGACUACAGAAUCUUGCUCUCCCGUCGAACGGAAGAGAACCUUGAUGAAUACGAGGGUAUCUUUGGACAUCAUGAUAUUGACCUCGACGAUGAUGAGCUAACAGAGAUUUAUGGACCAACUCGAGAUGGUUGGGGACCUGAUAUGGUAACGGCUUGGGAUGCUGAUGAACAUGGUGGUCCGGUGCUCGGAUAUGCUCAAACUGUAGCGCUCGGAGCCGAAAAUGGAUUUGCCAGGGAGAUAGACGGUGCUGAAUGA